AAUGGGACACAAAGGUGCAUUAUCAAGGAGUGCACUACAAAAAUUACAUUGCAUGGGCAUUUUAUUUGCUGUUGGGUUUUUAAACCAAUCUUGCAAAACGGCUGUCAAUAGAAACUGUGGGGGGAAAAAAUCAGUCACUAUUCUUUAGGUUCCAAAAUAUGUAAUAACUAAUAUAAAUCUGAGUGUGCUCUCGCUACAUUUACUUUUGAGCAUGCUCAAUUGCUAAUUAUCACAAAAAGGCAAGAUGCAUGGAUGACAGCUACAUUUAAUGAAAUUCUUUGAACACCAUUAACGACUUAAUUAACUCCAAUCUUGCAGUAAUCCGGGGACCUUGGUAAAGAUGCAUUGCAGUGAGCACCACUAUGUGACCAAUACCGCUCGUUUUUAAUCUUGGUGAUGGGGUAUGCAUUCUACCAUAAACGAGUCCUUCAAAUGUACUUACUGUAAUAAAGCAAUUCAGCCAGUGGAAUAUUGAAGGGCUAGAAUGUCAUUGGUUGGAGAAGGCGAGGAGAGGCAAGGCAUGAUGAUGCUUAUACAGUUUGUAUAGAAGCAGGUUAUCUAGUGUUAUCUGCCUGGGUGUGGUGGCUGGACAUGCUGGAGUCAUAGGAGCCACUAGUGGAAGUUUGGUGCCAGGAGGAGACCAGAGUUGAAAGAACAUACUACCCUGAAAAGGUGUACGCACUACCCUAGUUGUAAGACCUCAUCGUGCCACUGGACUUGAACUUCCACGACCAAAAGGGAGCACUCGGUUCUUAAUCUGCAACUGUUUGUCUACUUUAAUCUCCUUCAAGUUUUCAUGCAGCUCUCUUUUCACCUGCAAUCCCCCACUUCAUUGCCUGUGACAGGCCACCACCAGCGCUAACUGAUAGAAAACCACACUUUACUAAGACCAGGAUGAGAAACUGAAGAAAGGCUGUGCUCCUGCUUGUGUGAGGUAGGAGAUAUUGUGAUAAAUUAGUGCGCAAGAAAUAUAUGUAAAACAGUGUACUUGAACAUUUUCAGAUAAAAGCCUGAACCAACUUUGAUAAGAAUUUUUUUUUUUUUUUCAUUUGUUGACUCGUCCAGUUUUCAACGUUUGACUUUGCUAAACUCUGACAUUUGUAAUUCGAGAGAUCACCAACGAAAAAAAACAUCAUGUCUGCCAUGACAUUUGUCUGGCUGUCAGUCUUGCUUGUAUGUGUCCAUGCUGAUUGCCAAUGGCAGUUUGGUAAUUCUUGCUAUCAGCUGCUGACAGGAAAAAUGACGUUUGAUGAGGCAUUGCAGGCCUGCUCUGCCAUGGGUGCUGGCUUGGUGGUUCCCAACUCCCAGAAUGAGAAUCAGUUCAUAUGGCAGAUGAUGAAGAAUCAUCUCCCCUCUGAUGGCCGAGUCUGGAUCGGCUGCACCAACAAGCACACAGAAGGCCAGUGGAUGUACGCUGCUGACACAGGCAAGGAGUGCAAGUUCAUCGACUGGGCACCAAACGAGCCAAACGGACAGGACUACGGGGGCGAAGACUGCGCACAGAUGUUGGAUGGAAAGGCUGGCAAGUGGAUUGAUAUUGGAUGUUCUGCAGUUGCACCUGUGAUCUGUGAGUAUUACAGCAGCCUAGAGAUGACCUGCCUUCAGGCUGAUGCAGACGGCCGUUUUGCCUGAUUGUCUUUAUUUAAAGUUGCUUUCCUCGUGGUCUACAACAAAUAUCGCAUUUUUUCUCUCAGUAAAUAUUCACCUACAGCGUUUUGUUCCCAACAAAUAUUCCUUUUUCUCCCCUGAUGUUUGGCUCAAAUGUUUGGACUGAGAAGGGCAGAAUGCGCCGCAGUAAAACAUGCACAAGAGUGCAACCGUGGUCUUUGUGAAAAACAGGAGCUGUGGGCGUCAGCUGGGGACUCGACCUUUUUGUUCUGCUCUCACACCAAGUUGGCGAUUUUGGGGAGAUCGUGCAAAUUGUAAUUUUCACGAACAGCCAGCUGAAUGUGGUCAUUUAUUAUUAGAGAAACAAGGAGCUCUGGCAGACAAUGCGCAGGCUGGUGACCCCCUGCUGUCCAUGAAACUCAACUCAAAACCUGAAAUGUAUAAAGCUCAAGUGAAACUCCAGCUAUGACAUUAGACUGGUGACCAGCGCAGGGUACCACAUAAGUAAUCUACAUGUUCAGACCUCAUUACUGACCAGUUUAAAGGUUUCUCAGCAUUGAAAUCAUUUACCAUUGCGCAUAAAUUUCCAUUUCAAUGUCCGUUACAGUAACCUCCUCCAAAUCUCUCUUUGAAAGCGCUCAGGGGGUGCUGGUGAAUGGGGUCUAUGGAGAUUCUUAAAGGUAUAGUCCAU